CGUGCUCACGGACGGCGGGGCCAUGGCGAUGGUGCGGCUGUGCUGCGUUAUGAGCGGCGGCCCGGCUCCGUCCUUGGGGAAAUUCCUGCGCUGGGAGUUGCGGAGGACGGCGUGGACGAAGGAAGCUGCCGGCCCGCCCCGCUCGCUCGGUACGUCUGUGUGUCUGCGGUCUCACUGUGCUCCUCCUGACGUGGCCCCGCAGAAGGCUGGAGAUGGGAAAAGCGAGGAGUUCGACGUGGUGUACCGGUUCCCGGGCAUCAAGUACUGCCGCGUGCUGUCCAGGCUGAAGCUGCUGCAGACCGCGACCACCCUGCUGGUGCUGCCGCCCGUCUGUUACCUGCACCUGCAGCAGCAGCUGCCCCAGGCCGUGCUGCUCUACACGGCCGGCAUCGCACUCUUUGCUGGAGUGAUGCUGUACGGGAUGAGCUAUUUUUUCCGACGAAUUAUCGGAUUGAUCUACUUAAGUCGAUCAGGAAGAACUGUCAAAGUGGCCCACUUGACGUUCUGGGGGAGGCGCAAUGAUAUUUGCUGUCCCAUGGAGAAGGUGAUGACUUUGGAUGAGGUCGGGGAUGCCAGAGGGGAGCUGCUGCUGCGGUUCAGGCGCUAUGACAGCACAGAGAUCUUGUAUUUCACGAUCAAAUACGGCCAGAUUGUGGACAGACAGAAGUUUCUGCAAAUAUUUGGAGAGCUGCAGUGAUGGGGCAGCAGAGUGCUGCUGGUGUUGCUUGUUGCGUUGUUACCUGUGUGGAUUCUUGCGUGACGGCUGUCUGUAUACAGACAUUUGUGGAGGCAGCUCUUUGUAGGAAUUUAUUUGAUAUGCUCUGAUGAUUGGGUGUAGGCACACUAGGAGUAAAAUGAAGAGCCUCGGAGAAGUCCAAUUAUAAAUAUUUUAUUUAAGAAUACUGAUUACACGAGACGUCAUUCCGUUAUGAAUUUGUGUACAAUUACUAGUUCCACCAUGAAGUGUACUUAAGUAUUGGUUUAAACAUUUAUUUGGCACUGUCCACGGUAUGCUGUAAACAAUAUUAACUUCAUGUGCUUCA